CAUCAACCAUACACAGCCACAGCUUGUUUAGCAAGCUGCUGCGACUAGCUAUAUUUAACUGUGAAGUGGGUUAAAUUUAAAACGUUGCGGGGGAAAAGAUGUGACGGUCUUUGCUUUAAUGGAUUAUUAGAGAGGCUGCAGUCAUGGGCCCAGACACUACAUCUGUCCCUAAAACAGAAUCUUCAGAGGAAAGUCCUGGAGAAGUCAUUGUGAAGGUAAUCUCAGAAUCAGAUUCCACUGAUGCUUCAGCUGCCACUGAGCCAGAGGAGUCCAAACAGCUAGAAAGCAACACACCAGACAAGUGUUACCCUUGCUCCAUCUGUGGAAAGGUAUUUGACAGACCGUCUAAGCUAGAGAGGCACAGACCUGUGCAUACAAGGAAGCCCAAGACACUUCAUCAGUGUCAGCAUUGUGAUAAGAGUUUCACGCAACAAGAAAAGCUGAUCCGACACCAGAAUUGUCACAAUAGGACUAACAAGCACCCCUGUCCUGACUGUGGAAAAGUGUUCAACAGGCCUUCAAAGUUAGAGAGACAUAAGCGCACACACUCAAAGAAACCGAAGGUGCCUCAUCAGUGUUCAUACUGUAUGAAGACGUUCAGCAAACUUAACAAACUUGUCCGUCACAAGCGAAUGCACACUGGGGAGAAGCCUUUCACCUGCUCUGUCUGUGGGAAGGGAUUCUCAGAGUCAGGUCACUGCAAAGCACACGAAAAGACUCAUGAAGAACAGCCAGAAAAACCUCAUUGCUGCCCGGACUGUGGGAUGUGUUUCUUCAAGGCCUCAGAGCUCCGUCGGCACUUCCGCUCCCACACAGGAGAGAAACCUUUCAGAUGCACCUUGUGCGAGAGCUGCUUCUCCCGUUCAGAAGGGCUUAAAAGACACAUGAGGAGCCACACAGGGGAAAGACCAUACAAAUGUAUUAUCUGCGGAAAAGGAUUUUAUUCUCGUCAGGAUUUGAAUAUUCAUGGCUUGACCCACUCAGGAGAGAAACCGCAUCUUUGCCCAGUGUGUGGAAAAGGCUUCUCACAACUGGGAAACAUGAAAGAACAUGAACAAAAUGUACAUAUAAAAUCAGAGAAGUAUAUUUGCAACGAAUGUGGAGCAACCUUCACACGGUACAAGUCACUGAUAAAACAUCAGCGGACACACACGGGAGAGAGACCCUAUUUGUGCCUCACUUGUGGCCGCAGGUUUUCAUGGAGCCAUUCUCUAAGCAGACACCGGAGAACACACACGCACAGACAGAUGUCUAUGGACACAGCCAAAGACACAUUAAAUUUUGAAGGACCCACUGAGAAUCCCAGCAGUUGAAGAGGGAAGUAAAUCCUCAUGGGAAGGAAGUUUCAUCUUCAAGCAAUUUUCCUGGAGCACAGUAAAGCUAAAAUGUACUAAUUUGUGGUGACUUGAGAACUGUUUUUGAAGCUUUGUAAUCAUUCACCUGGCCGCUCACUAUUAGUUUAAGGUA